AUGUCUUUCCUUGGCUCAUACUCAUGCUCUGAUGCUCCUGUCCCAACUUUUUUGAGUAUUAUCACUGCUAUCGUGGACUCCAUCCUCACCAUUACAGCCGUCACUGGCAACCUCUUGGUACUUCUUGCUUUCCUACUUGAUCCAAAUCGUAAUCUGCGAUCCCGCUUUAACUAUUUCGUGGCCAAUUUGGCUGCUGCGGAUUUCAUAUUAGGAUGUUGUGGACUCCCUCUGUCGGUAGAAUAUCAUGUUCGAGAGUCACGAUCGUUGAAAGUUGAAGCCUUCGAUAGCAAUCUUCCCCGGGAUCAUGCAAGGAGGAUCAUCAUAUUAAUUUCGUGUACAGCUUCAUUACUGAGCUUAGCAGCUUUGACAAUAGAUAGAUUCAUUGCUAUAAACGAUCCCCUGGGGUACAGGACUGGGAUGAAUACUAAACAAGCUGUCAUCGUUUCUUUUCUCAUUUGGUUCAUAUCAAGUUGGCUUUCAUUUCUUUAUUUUUACGUGGGCUAUUUAAACUGUCGAUUUUUCGUCGCUAAUCUAGCUGUUAUAGCUACUUUUGCUGUGUUGUGCCUGAAUUAUUUCAAAGUAUUGAAACAUUUUAAAGUUCAAGCUGAUACUUGGGAUGUUUUGCACGAUGGCCAAAACCGCGACAACUUAGCGAAAAUGAGAGCGGUUAAACGGCAGAAGAAGAUUACCCAAACUUUAGUGAUCACGAUGGUGCUAUUUACUUGCUGUUUUUUUCCAGCACUGAUAUUCAUUUACGUGAUCAGCUUUUGUGCAAGUUGUUCAUGUAUUUUUAUACAUUGGGCAAGGGAUUUAAACGGCAUUUUGAUUAAAGGAAACUCAAGCCUGAACCCUUAUGUCUUUGCUUGGAGACUGAAACGUUAUCGAACUGCUAUCGCCAGGAUUCUAAGAUGUGGAAAAACUUUGCAAAACAAAAAUUGA